AUGACAACAAAUGAUAUCGGUCUAAGUUGCUGCUCGAUAUCAUCGAUCCCGUUAGAUUAUGAAGAAAAUAAAUUGAAAAUUAUUGAAAGCAUAAAAAAAUGCAAGCAGUUAAAUUGUUCUGUACGAAUAGGUGGAGAGUUAGAGUUGUGUGGGGUGAGCUGUAAAGGUAGUUUCAGAGAAAUUGAAGAUAUGCAUGAGAAAUGUUGGCUUUGUUUAAGUGAAAUUUUAAGAGAAAAAUAUAAUAACAAGCAUGUGACAGAUAACAUAUUAUGUUUUAUAAGUAUGCCUGUAUAUUUUAGGAAAAAAUUAUAUAACUGUGAGUUGUUUAUAUACAAUAAUGAAAUAAUUUUAAUAUCGCCUAAAGAGAAUGUAUAUAAUUGUAAUCAGAGGGAUUACUUUGCUUCUUAUUUGGAUUAUCCUGAGGAAGAGAAGCAAGAUGAACAACACAACAGUAAUGAUAACAUAAACACAUAUGAGAUUAAUUUUAAAAAUUCGAAUGUUAGUAUUUUGGGAAGUAAGAUUGAAAAGUUUGCUUUGCCAAAAUGUAUUCAGAAUGUAACAAAUCAGACAGAGACAUAUAUAGGGAAAGCUCUAAUAUGUUUUGGUCAACUCGUAAUAGCACAUGUAUUCCUGGAUGACUUAGUUGUGAAGGAAAAUGCUCCAAGUAUUGUUGAUCGAGUUGACAUGUUCAAUGCCAGUGGGGGUAGCCAUGGCAGCGUUGGCUGCAUUAGUGAUAUUGACUGUAUUGCUAACGAUGCAAGCAUUGGAAACGUUGGUAGCGAUGCAAAGAAGGUAUCAUUCCAGAAUGACUGUGUAAAAUUAUAUAUGAACAAUAGGAUAAAAUUUGAAUGCAUUGAUGUAUUGCUAGUUAGCGGUUACAUAACAAACGAGUUAUUAUUGUUUAGAAAAUAUUUCACAGAAUUAAUGAAUCUAACAAAACAAUAUCCAAAUAUGGCUCUAAGUUUUAGUAAUAAUUUUGGUUGUGAUAACUAUUUCUUCAAGUUUGAUGGUUUUUCAUUUAUCAUUCGAAAUGGUAAAUUGUUAACAAAAAAUGCAAGGUUUUGCUUUUCAGAUAUUCAAGUAUCUUCCAUCAAUGUGUCUUUUAAUAAGGAAAAGAAAAAUUGGCAGCAAAACGAGCAGAAACAGCUACUACAGAGUGAUCUUAUGACUGUAGGGGGGGAAACAUUCCCCAUUAUGAUUAUAGAAGAAUUAGAAGGAGAUGAAAGGUAUAGAAAUAUUAAUAGGGACAACUGUCAAAAAUGUAUAUUUUCUUUCAAUAAAGAGAUAGAUUUGCACAUAAGAACAUCUGAGGAUAAUUUGGUAAAUUUUCUUCCAUCAAAUUUUAACUGGCAAAUAUAUGCACAGGGGAAUGAUUACCUUGUUUCCCUUUUUAAAAAUCAUCAUAAUAGUUUAGAUAACUACAUGUACGAAUUUGAUUCAAAAAUGUAUGCUCUACAUAAUAUUUAUGAAGAGUUGAGUUUCAACUGUGCUUUAUUUCUGUGGUAUAUUUUACACUUGACAAAUGCAAAGGGGUUUAUUCUUGCCCUUUCAGGCGGAAUUGACUCCUCCUUUUGCGCUUGCAUGGUGCAUAUUUUGUCCAUAAUGAUAGAAAUUCGGUUGAAGGAGGGGAGUUCCAUUAGAGGUAGUGGUAGCGGCAGUGAUAAUAGGAAUGACCUUGAUAUACAGAAUGAAGAACUGUUUACUAAAAAGACGAAAAAUCUUCUCAUUGAUAAAGCAUGCCGGAGAGACAUAUGUAACAAGCUGCUAAACACGUUAUCUUUACCCUCAAAAUAUAGCAGCGAAAAUACAAAAUUUUUUGCUGAACAAUUAAGUAAAAGUAUUAACUCAUAUCAUAAUGUAUACUGCAUAGAUAACAUGUAUACAUUUCUAAAAAACGUUGGUGAGGAUUUCUUAAAAAAGGAUAUGAAAUAUAAAAGUGAAGGGGGUAGUAACUAUGAAGAUGUAUGUUUACAGAAUAUUCAAUCAAGGUCACGAUUGUUAGUUACAUAUUUUUUUAGCUCCUUAAUAUGCCAUAAGAAAUAUUAUUCGAAUAAUUUACAUAAUGAAUAUUUAAUCGUAUUAGCUACUGGAAAUCUGGAUGAAUCCAUCACAGGUUAUUAUACGAAAUAUGAUUGUUCAUCUGGUGAUAUUGACAUAAUAGGCAAUGUAAGUAAACUAUUAAUUAAAGAAACAAUGUGUCACUUAGGUAAUGAUUCAUUUUAUGAUUUGAAAAUUUUAAAUAAGAUUAAUGAAUAUCAUCCAUCAGCUGAGUUGAAACCGCUAGAGAAUAAACAAACAGAUGAAGAGGACUUAAAUUUAAAAUAUAUGGAAAUAAAGCUAUUAACAAUUUUAAAAAAUAAAUUCUUUUUUGGUCCAUCCUCUAUGUUUUACUAUUUAUCUAACUACUUUUGGUCUUCUAUGUCACAAGCUGAAAUAUUUAAUAAAAUUAAAACAUUCUUUACAAGGAUGUUUAAAAAUACCCACAAACUUUUUAUUCUACCACCUGCAUUAACCAAUGAAUCCUGUGGUUUGCACCUUUGCAGUGUGGUCAAUUUUGCCAAGAUUGAUUUUGAGUUGUUAAGGAGGAGACUUAGUGGGUAG